AUGAAAACUUGUUAUUAUGAUUUACUUGGUGUCAAUUCUGAUGCAAGUGAUAGUGAAUUGAAGAAAGCAUACCGUAAGAAAGCACUUUUACAUCAUCCGGAUAAAAACCGUGAUAAUAUCGAAGAUGCUACAGAAGCAUUUGCACAGAUUAGAGUUGCGUAUGAGGUCUUAUCAGAUCCUCAAGAAAGAGCUUGGUAUGAUUCUCAUAAAGAUCAAAUAUUGAACGAUUCUUCGGUUUAUGAUGACAAUAUAGAAAAUGCAGCUAACGUUGAUAGUGAACUAACAGGUGUAACUACUGAAGAGCUGCUAAGAUUCUUUGAUGCUGGGAUGUAUAGUCGGAUAGAUGAUUCGCCAGCUGGUCUAUACCAGAUUGCGGGUAAAAUAUUCGCCAAAUUGGCUAGCGAUGAAGUCAAAUGCGGUAAAAGAUUAAAUAUACAGAUGUUCUCAGAUUACCUAGACGACACUUUUGAAUCAGAUAUAACAUUAGAUUCUUAUAAAAAGAGUAUGGAUAGGCAUAAAAAUUCUAAUUUACUCUUUCCUAUGUUUGGGUAUUCAGAAACAAGCUUUCAAGAUUUAAAACUCUUCUAUAAGAAAUGGGGAUCCUUCAGCACAGUAAAGACAUUCAGCUGGAAAGAUGAAUACAUGUAUUCCAGAAAUUAUGAUCGUAGGACAAAGAGAGAAAUAAAUAAAAGAAAUGAAAAGCUUAGAAACCAAGCACGAUCCGAAUAUAAUAAAACUGUCAAACGUUUUGUUACAUUCAUCAAACGUUUCGAUAAAAGAAUGAAAGAAGGAAUUAGGAAGGAAGAGGAGGAAAAAAAAAAACACAUGCAAGAUGCUCUUAAAAAGCAGAUCAAUAAGGACAAGCUAAAUGAUAGAGCAACCCGGACUAAAGAUUUUGAACUCCAGGAUUGGCAAGCAAUAGAUCAUGAUCGUUUAGAAGAAAUGGAGGACUUCUAUACUAAUGAAAACGGUGGAAAGAAAACCUUUUCUGGAGCCCAAGAAAACUUGAAGGAUUCAUGCGAAGAAAUUCUGAUAUAUGAGUGCUUUGUGUGUAAUAAAAACUUCAAAUCAGAGAAACAACUACAAAAUCACACUAAUACAAAGCUACACAAAAAAAUGCUUCGCCAACUAAAAUAUGAAAUGAAACAAGAAAGUAUUGCGUUGGGGUUAGAUAAUAUUUCGGACAUCGAAGAUUAUAUUUCUGCUCCAGAGAGUGACUUUAAUGAUAUUUCAAAUGAAAGAGAUGAGGGUACCUUUGAUAGAGAAUCAUCAGCUGUAAGUGAAAAAUACGCUUACGAAAACAUAAAUGAAGAGCUGCGGAAAGUCGAGGAAGUACUUAAAGCAAUUAGCACUAGUUCGUCCGAUGAUGAGACAGACAUGAAUAAUGACAAUUAUUCUGAUAGUAUUGAAAUUGAAUAUUCUAUAGACGAUGAACUGGAAGAUAAAAAUGGGAAAAUCACUGCCACUACUUCUAAAGCUGAGAGUAAAGAAGAUUAUGAAGAUAAGAAUGAACUAGCUGCUUUACUAGAAUCAUUAAUGAAUGAAAAAAACGACGAUUGGGAAUCGAUGUCAAAUAGCGCUACUAAGAAGACUAAAAAUAAGAACAAAGGGAAAACCAAAAAAUCUUUAUCCAAAAAUAAUCAAAGUAACUCACAAAAAUCUGAUUCGGUUACAAAGAAUGACAAGGAUUUAAUUGCCGAAAAAUAUGAUUGUUCCACCUGCGGUGUGUUAUUUGAGUCACGGAACCAACUCUUUGCCCAUAUAAAGGCGGAGAAUCAUGCAGCUUUUGUACCAAAUUCCCGAAAUUCAAAAGCUACAAAGCUAAAAAAUAAAAAGAAGUCAUAA